CGCCUCUCGGGGCUCGCCUUAUACACCGGCCACUCAUUCUCAACGCGGGCGUUCGGGAUCUCCAUUGUACAUACUAUUGUACUACCUGCACACUCGGGAGAUAAUUGAAUAUUUCAGAGUGGGACAUACAUCAUUGUCCUCUUAUUAUCACAAGCCAGGCACAUUCGUAAUUCGCCAUUUCCAUGUGUACAGUGUUCCUCGACAUCGCUGCUCCACUCUCCACUGUACUCAGCACAAGUUGGUCCACCUCAACCCUAUGGCACAAAGACGACGUUCGUGCUCACAUGAUGGCUCCGAAAUCCGGUCACCAGCAUCUCGGGCAGCCUCACAUUAUCGAUCUUCAAGCUUCGAUCGCAUCUAUUUGACAGAGUCGUUUACUCGCCUCUGCAUCCAACCUGAUCACUCUCGUCGCUCGUUGUCGCCGCAACAGAACAUAUCCAUCGAGAGCUCAGAACUCUCCGAUGAUCUCAUCCGCGACGGCGAUCACCGAGCGCAGGAUGGGCCCAACUUGAACUUGGGACCCGACCUUGAAGACACCUCGCAAGUGGGUCUCUCUACGACAGAGUAUCCCGACGGGGAAAAUUCGCCUGUUGAAUUGAAGCAACCCUUCCGUUUGAUGGAUCUACCCACAGAAAUCCGGCUGGAAAUCUAUCGAGCAUGCUUGACCCGUCCGUAUAAGAUAUUGUUAGCCAAGCAGGAGACGAAUUUAACACCAGCACAAUCCGAGAAUUGUAAUUCAGAUCUCGCUGACGACCUGCAAUCGCCGCGAGAACGGUUGAACAGAAUAGAAAUCAGGGAUGGGAGUAUCCCUUCGAUUGGCUCUGCUGAUCGACCAAGUAUUCAACGCCGAUCGCGGGCGGGUCAAAUCAAUUCAAACGACCCCAUUUCAGUCACUUCAGGGCACAACUUGUUCGCCGAGAGUGCAUCAGUCCAGUACCCACAUGAUUAUAUAACCCUCCCAACGACCCGAGAGCGACGAAUUGGUGCUAUAGUGCGACGUCAGGAACUUCGAGAGCGGGCAUUGCGCGUGACUCCAGUAAAGCCGACGUGCAGCUCCCGAAAACGACCGCACGAUGAUGACCCGUUACUCGUCAAUCUACUGCGGACAUGUUCAUCAAUCUACAAGGAGGCACGGGCAGUACUAUAUGGCGAGAACGUUUUCUUACUGGAACUCGACUCGGCAAUGGAAACUCUCGCUUGCCUUCACCAGCGAUCGCGACGUCAGAUCCGUUACGUUGAGCUCGAGAUCCCGACUUUCAACGAGAUCCUUGACCGUUUCCAAGAGACUGUGCGCUUAUCGCUUCGAUAUUGCUCGGGGUUGAAAAGAUUCGAGGUCAACAUGCCUUUUGUUCUACCGGGAGCUGAUGGCAGUGGUACCACUGGCAAUACGUCUGUCUAUGCCAACGGUUUCGACAUCUUACGCUGGCUGCCUCAAGAUUGCGAUGUUGUGGUUCAUGGUAAGGCAUGCACCGAAGUCGAUGAUGUGGUCAGCAAGCACCUGCUGUUGGCUAGGACUUUGAAUAAGCUUGCGUAUGCUCGUCGCCAGCUCAUUGCAACCGACACCACAAGCGGUGACAAAGUCUGAGUAAUGACCUCGGAACUCACACUGUCUGUCCGGAAUAGUGAUGCCUAUGACCAUCAACGCUGUCGGCCCCCAUUCUCACUGACAUGCAUGCUGUGAUGAUUUCCAUGGGUUAUACUCGGUCAGUUUUGGCGUCCAUCAGUGUGAGGAAUGAAGUUGUGAGAUGAUGGGGCAGUGGUCCGGCUAUAUUGAGGUCAACGUGGAUUUGGAUACAAUCCGCGAGGAACAUAAGUAGUAAUAACAAUUGCAGUCUAUGCUCGAACUUGUGUCCCCUAUUCAAUUCGAUCCU